CGAUAGUGGCAUCUCUACGACUUGCCAAAGCUGGCAUCGAUAGCUAGACGGGGAAAACAAAAAAUUAUUUUCAACUUACGAUUUUAGAGAAAAGUGCUUGCAGUUCGCUGUGAAAUAAUUAACAAAAUUGCCGCAGACUUCAGAAGACAUCGCCGCAAUGGAAGACCAUAAUACAGCCAACCUGUCGGAGCCAGCAUCUCCAGCAGCUUCUGUGGCAUCCGCAGAAAUUGCCGCCGAGUUCGCUGCGCUCACCGUGGAGGAGAAGGAGCAGCGCCGGGCUGAGUGGACUCAGGAGCUGGCCCGCGUUGAGGAGGAGAUCAACACGUUGCGCACCGUCCUCGCCUCGAAGACGCGCCAUGCCUCCGAUCUCAAGCGCAAGCUGGGCAUUACCGUCUGGAAGGAGGUCACGGACGACAUGAACCAGGGCAUCAAGAACCUCAAAGAGAGCACUGUUUACCAAUCGGUGGAGCAGAGCGUGGGCACGUUUACUAAAGCCGUGCACGAGGCACCCCUAUACCAACGCACGGAGUCUGUGCUAAAGUCCACGGGCGAGAAGACCGCCUCGGUGUUUGGCAGCAUCACCAGUGGCAUUUCGUCGAAACUGUCGCAAAUGAAAAACUCCGAGUCGAUGCGUUCUAUCGAGGCUUCGGUGGGCUCUGCCUACGAGAACGUUAAAGUAAGCUAUGAACACAACAAUUUUAUGUGCCAAUCUCAUGCGACCAAGGUGACAUCCCGUUCGGGUUCGGUAUCCAGUUUUCCAGACGCCUUGGACGAGAACAACACAUCCUCGGGCCUGAACUCACCCACAGACUCACUUACUAAGUAGAUUUCGGGGAACUACCGAAAGCUAAGCUAAGCGCGUCGAUGUAGUGGAGGAACCUAUACUACACACAAAACAGACCCACGCACCCACUCUAAUAACUUAUUAAACUAAUGCGAAUUGUCGUGUCUGCGCACUAACAACAGGAUCAGAAUUUAAUUACCCACAGAUCAUAUGCGUGUGUAGUCGUUGCGGUAUAUAUAACUUGAAUUAACUAAAAACUGUGCGUCAUAUUUGGCCAAAGGGAGCACAUAUUAUAUGCAUCUAUUUGUAUUUGCCUGUGAGACACCAUCGAACUGCAUGAUUAUUCUCAACCUUAAGCCGAUGGGAAACGUAGAUCGGAGGGCUUGCUGCAUUCACUUAAAAAACUAUCAAUCUAAGUGUAAAUUUAGAGACUAAACCAUUUUGUUGGGUAUCAAGUUGUCAUUCCCAAGUGUUUCCAAUAUUUUGUAAAAACUUUGGCGGAUCAAGCAUUGCAGUUAAAGUAUACUAUAUACAAUUGUUUUACACUUUUAUUUCUUCUCUAGGCGUUCAGUUCCUUGGUUAGAUGGCGUUCCCGCUCCUGAUUGAAAAGCCAAUUCCAAAUUUAUUAAGAACCACUUGUAUUUUUGAAUUACGAUCAGAGCUUGCGUGCAGAAUAAUAAAAAUCCAUUGGUAAUGUUAAGAGGGUGUCACCCUUACUGCUGAAGAGAGUUGAAAAUCGCACCCGAUUUGUUGCUAAUGCUGAUUUGCUAUAUGUGUAUGAAAUCUUUGAAUAAAUGCAAAAUUUUUUGCCCCAUAAAGUUAA